AUGAAUUUAUUCACGAAAGAUCCAACAUCGGAUGAAAAUGAUGCAUUAAAAGUCGAACCUAUGGAAGUGUCUAAUAGUAUGGAAGAUGAAAAACCACAGAAGAACAUACCAACAAUAUAUACAGCUUAUCUUCAACGUCAACAAUAUUGUUUUAUUAUUUUCAAUAAUCCAAGAUGGUCUCAAAUUGUUAAAAACAAAUCAUCCAACACACCAAGAGAACAUGUUGCAGCAGUAAAACAAGAGCCAACACAAUCAACAUUUGAUUGGCCGACACAAAUGUUUGUAAAAAAUGAAACAUUUGAUUCAACAUUGGAUGAACAAUUCGUCGCUAAAUUACGACAACUCAUUGAUGAAUAUAUGAAACAUACAACACGACCAUUUCCAUUAAAAUAUUUUCUUGAUCUCACAGAACAAUGA